AUGGCCUUAACCGUUGGACAACUAAUUAUGGAUGCCCAGAGAAUGGCGAGUCGUGUAAAAGAAUUGGACGCCCUAAGCAGCGCCUUACUUGUGGAGGCCGAAGGUAACAACCGUUAUGUGGAAAGUUUACGUCAGUACCAAGACGAGGUGGACUCCCUAAAUCGCAUUGCCAACAAUAAGACCAAUGUGGAAAUGGUCAAUCGCAUUCAACAGCAAAAUGCAAACAGUUCUGAAAUACUAAAGGAAAAUCGUGAACUGAAGGUGUGUAUCGAGGAUUAUGAAAGAGCAAUGGACUUGAUAAUGCAGAAGUACCGGGAACACACAAGCAGCAAGGUACUGGAGAGCAAGCUGAAUUUCAAGGAGGUCUACAACGAAAAACUUUGGAAAAUUAUACGCGAGCAGAGGGAAAAAAUCAAUGAAAUGGCUGCGGUCAUGCAGAGAGCUGCCUCGAUAGAUGACGAUUGUGAUUUGGAAUUGAUAACACGGCUGCGUUUGGAGAACAAGGCUCUGCGAGAAUUGCUACAAAUCUCCAAACAAUUUGGCACAUUCAGUCGACCUAUACGCUUCAACGAACACUUGUUGGAAGAAAAGGGCGUGCAAACAGAUUAUAGUGGUGAUGAUUCAGCCGACGAGCUCUCCCUGUCCGGCGCUUCAAUCGAAAAUGCAAAUAACAAUUCAGUCAUCCAACUGGAUACGAGAUCAACUUCGCCGAAUGUGGCCAUGAACUGCUCAAAUACAGGACACUGCUCAAUUCUCACGAAAUUGGCGAUGUGGGCGAUAAUAAUAAUUUAA